AUGUUCAAAACUCGUGAAGGCUGUGCACUUGGCUAUGAGAUUGUAUAUGAGAAAGUUCGUCAAUACGCCGCUGCACACCCAGAGCAUAAUAUCAGCCUCUCUUUUGACGCAUCACCGUACCGGCAUCUAAAUGCGGGUGUUGUGGUUGCCCGUGUGUGGGCGUAUAAGGAGUUCCUACGCAAGGCUUUCGAUGUCACCAAAACGCAGGCCCCGCCAGUUAAAACCGAAAGAGGAUGGACCGGCGAUGAGUCCAUCUAUACUGCGCUCUAUCUGGAUCUCUUAGCCUGGGAGGUCGAUCGGAGCGUUUUCUCGAUGCCAGCGAAUGAGCUGAAAGCAGCUCGAUCCCCUUACGGUGUGCGCGCAGGUCUUAUCGGACUGGACUUCACCGAUGCACCUUUGGUUAUUGGUGCGCUAGAAUACAUCCAUCAAUCUGAGGUAAACGAUGGACACUGGGCGAAGUACCUCCCACUCGACGCAAUCGCACGCCAGCACUCGCACGACACAUCUAGUUUCAAGGCCAUGAUUCAGUUUGUCAACGACCUUAACAAGCGAGCGUACGCUGCGUACGGUGAGCGAAUUUACACGAGGCUGGCGGUACCCAGGUGGUCGGGCAGGAAAACUACCUCGAAGGGGACUUUCAUCGUUCUUACGCCGCCGCUCUUGGCGCUCAAGCCGAGGUCCACGGAUACCGCCAGCAAAGAGGGGCGCACGUACCCAGCGAUUUUCGAAACAGCAGGUCUUGCAAAAUAUCUUACGAAGGUCAAGCAAAUGGAGAGUGGCGCUGUCACCGCGCGGUGGCUUGUGCCGAUGGUGCACGACCCAACAGCGAAAAAUCAAACCAUGGUGUACCUGAAAUCUGUGCCGUUGUUUCUAUCAACGAGUAACUCCAUCACUUGGGAUUCCUACCACGCCAAAUGUGGCUUCCCAUUCGAAGGAGCAAUCAAAAAGGCGAAGGAUAUUUGA